CUGUCAGCAGUACAGCCUACACUACAGGCGCUGACCGUUGACUGUUGAGUGUUGUAUGCUGCGCCGUUGUCGUUGAGCCGUGAUAUGAGUUGAGCUUGCGUGAAUCCUCAUUUGAGCAGUCCCCGCUUGGCCGUUGGCCUGACUCCCAGUCGUUUCCCAUCCUCUGAGUCUGAGCACUUAUUGUUACUUCAUUAGACUGAGAGGUGGUUAGCAUUACAGAGGAGCGAGGAGUGAGAGGGGAGGCAAAGGACCACCUGCUUUUUCCACGGUGUGGAAGUGCAGCUGCUACUGCUAGGACUUCCUACAGCUGACGUGAGGAAGUGAGAAACUGACAGGGAGUCUUUCCUGCUCGGGUGGAUGGAGUAACGACGAGCACGGGUCCCUUGCGAAAAAAAAUACUAGAUAAUUGAGUGGCGAAUCGGGAGGUCCAUGGCGGCAUCGGCUCUGUUCCGUGUUCUCACCCUCUGCGGGUGCCUAGCGUCUUUUGCGGCUGCAGUUCCUCGCUUCCUAGUGCAUCCAGAGGACUCCGGUGGGAAAGUAGGCGAAACCCUCACCUUCUCGUGCCAGGCAGAAGGAGAUGCUGGCCUGGUUCUGAAAUGGCAGGUGAAACGAGCGGUGGUGACGAACGACACCAGCCGUCGUACCAUUGUCUCGUCGCCGACUCCCAGUGCCAACGCAGACAGCACUUCCAUCUCCAGCCAGUUGACCAUGAAGGACAUUGUGCCGAGCGAGGCUGGUGCUGUAAUGUGCCUGGCAGCUGACUCAAGCAGCCAAGUAGCCACCAGUCGGAGAGUGGCACUGACCGUAUAUCGUAUUGAUGGUGAUUUCCGCCAAGCACCCAAGCUGUUGGGCCUGGAUCCAUCAGCUCGCGUCGAGAUCGGGAACAAAGUGCAAAUGCUGUGUGAGCCGCCGCUUGCCCUCCCUCAGUCGCGUGUCACCUGGCAUCGCGAUGGUGAGCCGUUACCUCUGGAUACGCGUGUCACAGUCAGCGCACAGCCACCGCGUGAAGUGUCCACCCUGACCAUCAGCCAUGCUGUGCCAACCGACAAUGGCGCAUACACUUGCCAAGCGAGCAACAUAGCUGGUGUUGUGGCAAGCAGAGGCAAGGUUGAUCUACUUGUUCAGGAGCCGGCCGGUGACUUUGAAGCAGUCGUUGUGAUCAGCCCUGUGAAUACGUUUUCUCGCCUGCUUCCCGGCGGCACGGCCAACUUCACUUGCCAAGCGUAUGCACGGCCUCCACCAGACACGGUCACGUGGCACUCACGACAAGGCAAGCUGCUCACCGCCAACAAGAAGUUCAUUGCCUACAGACAGCACCUGACGGUGAUCGGCAAUUCGGCUGGGAAGAAUCGUGAGGCAGUGUGUCAUGCCAACAGCACCGGCGGCAGAAAUAAGGAAGAAACACUCCUCGUAAACUCAGCUGAUCUACCUGAUCUCACCACCCUUGCGGCUAAAUCAGCCCGAGAAUCUUAUGCUGUUAAGCUCGACUGUGGAGCAGCGACAAAGUCCUUCCCAGCGCCUGUCUUCACCUGGAAGGAUCCAUCUGGAAAGGAUAUUGAGUCAGGUAUUCGUCGGUCGAUUUCCUACGGGACUCUGUCCAGCUCUCUGGAGAUAUCACCCGUGUCACUGAGUGAUGCAGGCAUGUACACAUGCACAGCCACCAACCCUCUUACCAACGCUGUCAAGACCACCAGUGGCAUGCUCAGCGUAUCCUCGUCUACGAAGUUAAUUCAAUUUGCUCCUAGCCAGGUGACCGCUGACAUCAGCAGAGUGACAGGCUUGCCGUGUGAAGUGCAAAAGAAUGGCAUGCUGGAGCCAGUGAUCUGGACACAUGCCGCCACCGAGAGGUCCGUCGGCAAGCACGUGGGCGAAAGCUGCCAGAACUGCCGCAUCUAUGUUGAAAUCGACGGCACAUUGGUGUUCUCGCCACCGGAGGAAAUUGAUGAUGGUGUGUGGAAGUGUGCCUCCUCUCAGCAGUGGGUGGAAACAAACGUCUCGGUGGGAGGUAAACCAUUCUUUAUCAACAGACCACCAGAGAUUCUUGAGGUUACUCUUGGCAGUGAGGUGGACAUAACCUGUGCUGCUGGUGGUAUUCCAGCUCCAUCCGUGCAGUGGAAGAACCGAUAUGAAAAUGCACCCAGACCCUUUACAGGUGGAACAAUUGCUCCGUACAACAGUACGAUGACUCUACGGGUCACAGAGAGCUACCAUGAGGCACGCUUCCAGUGCCUCGCCGGCAAUCAGCGCGGACUGAGCUUCCUGAACAUCCAGCUGCGGAUCAUCGCACCCACACAGGCACCGGACGACUCUAGCAACAGCAGCAUUGUUGUCACCAUCGCCAUUGUCAUACCCUGUGCUGUCCUAUAUAUUGUCGCUAUGGUCGUCUUGGUGCUAUGGUGCCAGAAGCGGCGCUAUCGCCUGCACCGCGACUCCAAGGAAUCUGAUGGCGAGGGCGAGCAGGAAGACGAAGAGAAUACUGCACGUGAGCUGGAGAACAUCCCGCGAAAAGAUGUCCUGGAGACGGUGGUAGAGGAUGCACCACCGGAUUAUGAUAGCUCCCAGGCACCGCCAGCGACGCUAACUGAAACUGGGGUACAGCCUGCGAAGACUGAUGCAACUCCUCACCCAGUGGCAGAAGAGACCAGCCACGAGACGGUGCGUAGCAAACCACCCAUGGAUCACCUUGAUGAACCCUCGUUGGACAAGGAGAACCUUGCUGCCGCUGAGGGUGAUGGACCGAGCAAAUCUGUUGCUGAGGAAGAGGCUGUCGCUGCUGCUGCUCCUCCAGUAGAUAUUCCUGAACCGGAAUCACCACCAGUGCUGCACACACCAAUCAUCUUCCGUGCAGCAGAGCCACAUGGUAUUUCAUUCACCAGUCUGAAUGAAGUACCACGCUUCAAGCGUGAACAAUGCAAGAUCAACAAGAAGCUGGGCCGUGGCUACUUCACAACUUACACAGACGUGACCAAUCGCUACAUCAGCGGUUUUGCUGCUGCCGACACGUCGACAAUGAUGACCAAGUUCUCUGCCAGCUCACAGGAUGUGAGCGGCUACACGCGUGACAUCUUGGCACUGGCCAGCCUGCACCAUAAGAACAUCGCUUCGUGUGUGGCACUGUCGUCAGAGAAACAUCCCUACUGCAUACUGAGCGAGUACUAUACACAGGGCGAUCUGAAGCGUGUUUUGCUGUACCGUGACAACGAAGACGAUCUGCAUCUGCAGUAUAAUAACAAGCUGUCUACUCUGCUGCAGCUGUGUGACGCACUGCAAUAUCUGUCUGCACGCCGCUUUGUGCACAGAGAUGUGGCUUGUCACAGUUGCCUCAUCAACUCAAACUACCAGGUGAAGUUGGCAUUCUACAGUCGCAGUGAAGACGGCUACCCGGAUGAUUACUACACGGACGUGGAGGGUGAAGAGCCACUACCAGUACGUUGGAUGGCGCCAGAGGCAAUCAAGAGCAAGACGUUCACCAUCCAGAACGACAUCUGGUCGUUCGGCGUUCUUAUGUGGGAGAUCUUCUCCGGUGCAGCUCAGCCGUUUGACGGGACUUCCAGCGAAGACAUCCACGCCCACGUACAGAGUGGACAGCGUCUGCCCAAACCCGACGGAUGUCCAGAAGGUGCAUUCAAGACCAUGCUGCGCUGCUGGGAGACGGAGCCCAAAGACCGUUUGCAUUUCUCCCAGCUGGGAACGCGACUUCAUCAGCUGUCCAGUACCAGUGACCUGUAGACGCGUGGUGGGCAUGGCAGCUAGCAUUACGCGUUAAGCAGUCUACUUGACAUCACCCCGCACACAGAUGAGCGAUGCUAGCAGACUCAUGUCAAUGGCACAAAGCGUUGGUAUGGUCAGUGGGAUGCGGUCCGGUCUCGGGUGAGAUUGAAUAGUGCUUUUGGACUGUUUGCUCAGUGAUACACGGUUCAAUUGAAUUCAUACUGCCGUAUAUUGCACAAUUAAUCUGUCCGCACUCACCAGAGAGAGGUAUGGCAUUCCCUUUCACUGCCACACUUUCUCCCUCACCCCCCCCCCCCCCCCCCCACGCACACACACACACGUUGCACUCUCCCACAGCCCAGUAGCACCAGUGCUAUGGCUGAAAAUACGUAAGUAACCUCCACCUCACACCCACAUAGCGAUACGUACAAGUAAUGUUUUCCACACGUUACUUGUAAGAUAGUAGUGCUUUGCUGGUGCUCUAAGGUAGCUUAUUUUUUCUUGCUUCCCUCAUGGUCAUUACGAACUGCAAUCGCAUCAGCCCCGGUAUGAUGGUAAUGAUUUCUUAUAGAUACAGUAUUGAGCAGUUCUUUCUGAACUACUCCAGAGACCUAUCUCAGAUUAAGAAAUAUACUAUACUUGCAUUGUCCCCCACCUGGUCCUUCCCUAGUCCACUCCCUUAUCAGUGUAGUGAGUUGCUAGCUCCAUGUAUAUAAACAAUGAUUAUUAAAUUUUGUUUGUUCAUUUAUCAUCUUAGGACAAGUCAUGUACAUACAUGUACAUGUGCGUACAUGCUUACAUGCUUACAUGCAUGUAGAUGUUCAUGGCAUGGCCAAGUUUCUUACUUUUAUAUUUUUUCUCUAUUCUAGAUAGCCGUAGCAGAUAAUUAUAGUUGAGACCGGAUAAGACCAGCUAGACCAGUUCUUCUUUGGCAUACUAUAGCAAUCGCUUGAA